GUUACUCCAAGGCUUUGUAGCCGGGCAUAACGGGAGGAAAGUGUCACAUGGACCAUAGUUACUAACUAUGCGUGGACAGAGAGGAUUGUAAAUGGCAGGUUUCGUGCACUGACGAGGAAGGAACCCAAAGGUAUAAGCGAGUGAUAGUUGUUUCCAAGUUAAUUCACGUUGCCCAGUACUCGGCCAGAAAAGACGUCUGCCAUAAUCUGUACCAUAAACAGAGUUUAUCAUGUCAGAAGAAGGUUUGGCUGCAGGUUCAAUAGCGGAGUGCCCAUCUGGUUCAACAGCAGAGUGCCCAGCUGGCUCAACCAUGGAGUACCCAGUCAGUUCAACCAUGGAGUGCCCAUCAGGUUCAACAGCAAAGUUCCCAGCAGGUUCAACAGCAGAGUGCCCAGCAGGUUCAACAGCAGAAUGCCCAGCUGGCUCAACCAUGGAGUACCCAGUCAGUUCAACCAUGGAGUGCCCAUCAGGUUCAACAGCAAAGUGCCCAGCAGGUUCAAGAGCAGAGUGCCCAGCUGGUUCAACCAUGGAGUACCCAGUCAGUUCAACCAUGGAGUGCCCAACAGGUUCAACAGCAGAGUCUCCAUCAGGUUCAACAGCAGAGUGCCCAGCAGGUUCAACAGCAAGGUGCCCAGCAGGUUCAACAGGAGAGUGCCCAGCAGGUUCAACAGGAGAGUGUCUAGCAGGUUCAACAGCAGAGUGCCCAUCUAGUUCAAUGGCAGAGUGCCUACCAGGUUUAACCAUGGAGUACCCAGUAGAUUCAACAGCAGAGUGCCCAGCCAGAGAUGACCAAGAGAAACUAAGAACAUCAGUUGAACAAAAGAAAUUCAAAGUGAGAGGGGCAAAUAGACGGAGAGAUUACAACAAGAAUCAGCACGAUAAAAUAGGGUCAUCUUCAUCUCACAGGAGACAUGCUUGUGCUAGGUAUGAAGAUAAGACUCAUAGACGCAAUAAUCCUGGCAAGAAAGGCAAAGACUGUAUCAACAAUGUAGUAGAUGAAGAUAUUGCACAGGUGUCAGAAGCAGGUGCAUAUUAUCAUGGUGACACUGCUUCAAUAACUAAGCCAGAAAGGAAGAGAACAGAAGCAAAGCAAAUAGAUGGUAAUGAUCAUCAGACUGAUGCAAAAUACAUGUACAUGUAUACUGCAGAAGUGAAUGAGACAAGACAAAAAACAAGAGCUUCUAAACGGAUAACUAGCCGAAGAGGUAAUCCACAAGGUACGAGACUGCAUGAGCAAAGUGAGAGUGCUAGAGGUGGUAUUCAUGAUAGCAAAAGAGAUUACAUGUCUCCAUAUUAUGAUCACCAAGAAGCACCAUGUAACCUGUCAAUGCAAAGGACAAAUUUGUCAAGGCAACCUUGUUAUGGUGAAUCUAGCAAACCCCAUAACAAAGAGAGCAGGCAAAGGGGGUCACAAAGAGCAAUAACUACAGCCAAAGCUAGUAAAGGGGACUACAAAAAUCAAAAGGAAGAUGUGUUUCGUACCCACGGCCAUCGUAAUCCAGUGCAGUCAUCUCAAGCCAGUGUUUUGAUAGAGCAGCUAAGGAAUGAAACGUAUGAAUGCAUGGUUUGUUGUGAUAGGAUUCGAUGCAGUGCUGCAGUGUGGAGCUGUCACAACUGUCAUCAUUUGUUUCACUUGGGUUGUGUUAGGAAAUGGGCCAAGUCCUCUGCUAAUGCCAAUGCUAUGGAAGGGAAAACUUGUGGAUGGCGAUGUCCAGGAUGUCAAAACGCUACUCAAGAGAUACCAAGUGUUUACAAAUGCUUUUGUGGGAAAGUCAUUGAUCCUGAGUGGAAACGCCAUGAAGGCUUGAUACCACAUAGUUGUGGAGAACUCUGUGGGAAACGGAGAGACUUGCUAUGCCAGCAUCGCUGUAAUCAGUUGUGCCACCCUGGCCCCUGUCCAAAUUGCCCUGUUAUGAUAACAAAGGCAUGUUCCUGUGGAAAAACAAAGAAGCGAGUGAGGUGUGGCCAGACCACCACAGUACUGUGUGAACAAGUGUGUAACAAGAUUCUCAACUGUCUCACGCACAGAUGUACAAGAAUUUGUCAUACAGAUCCCUGUGGAAACUGUCAAGUCAUUGUGCAACAAACUUGUUUUUGCGGAAAAGAAUUCCGAGAGGCUCUCUGUGGAACAGGUAAUGUGAAUAUGGAUGGAAAAGCAGGAUAUUGGUCAUGCCAAGGAAAAUGUUUAAGGGCUCUUGACUGUGGCAAUCAUUACUGUCAAGAUGUUUGUCAUGCUGGUGUCUGUGCAGAGUGUCUUCUGAAACCUUCACUCGUUUCUUGCUGUCCCUGUGGCAAAGCUCUACUAUUUGAUUUGCUCGGUGAACAUGAGGCAAGAAAAUCAUGUCUGGAUCCAGUUCCAACCUGCAAAUUAACAUGUGGCAAGGCUCUUCCUUGUAGUCCGUCCAAAGGUAAUGGAAAUGUCACUGAUGCAGAGCAUUGCUGUAAAAAAGAGUGUCAUCUUGGUCAGUGUGGUCCUUGUGAUGGAAUAACAAAGAUCAAAUGUAGAUGUGGUUCAAGUACAAAGGAGAUUCCUUGUGUGGAUAGAAACAUGGAAGAAUAUAAAUGUGAUCAACGCUGCAAUAAGAAAAAACAGUGUGGACGACAUAGGUGUAAUCAAAAAUGCUGUGUGGACAUGGAACACAGGUGUGACCUUGUUUGUGGAAAAAAACUGCGUUGUGGAUAUCACAAAUGUCUGGAACUUUGCCAUCCUGGCUACUGUCCCCCUUGUUUAAUGUCAGGUUUUGAGGAGCUGACAUGUCAUUGUGGGUCAGCCGUUUUGUAUCCACCGAUUCCAUGUGGAACUUUACCUCCUGAGUGUAACAACCCUUGCUCUAGGAGACACACAUGUCCCCACCCAGUGAAUCAUAGUUGCCACAAUGAGGAUAUAUGUCCUCCUUGCACCACUUUAACCAAGAGAAAGUGCAUGGGAGACCAUGAGGUUCGCUACAACAUUCCGUGUCAUGUUACUGAUGUGUCAUGUGGAAAGACCUGUGGAAAGCAAUUGAGCUGUGGGCACAAAUGUGCAAAGAUUUGCCAUAAGCUACCAUGUCUAGGUGACAAUGAAUCUUGCGUACAACAAUGUGAACUUCCACGCAAGGAGUGUGGCCACCCAUGUGCAGCCCCCUGUCAUCCUAACAAGGAAUGCCCUGCAUCAUCAUGUAAAGUCAGGGUGACUGUGAAAUGCAAAUGUGGGAGACGUUCUGAAAACUUUCCAUGCCUUCAAGGUGGUGAAAGAGUGGCUGUUGCUCAAGCAUAUCAGCGUCUUGCCACAGAGUCACUAGCUAACAAGAUGAAGGAUAUGCAAUCUGGGCAGUCUGUAGACAUCAGCAGCAUUAUGAAAGUGGAUGACAAGAAGUCUAGACUGUGAGUGGGCUUACCCAUUAUGGGAAGAAGUCUUUUCCUAAACUGAGUUUUUUGCAUGCAUUAUUUCUCCAAAACGGAGCGCAAAUCGACCAAAACAAUUACGGAAUGAUGCUUUUCAUGUCAAAACAAGUCAGUCUGCCAAGAAUUAGCUCAAUCCUGAAACAAUUAAAAUCAGCCCAAAAAGCAAUGUAUGCCCUUUUUGCAAUCAAUUGAAAAUAAAAAGCUCUGUAUUGGCCUUAGUCUUGCUAAUUUCAGGGAGGAGGGAGGGCUGGCUACUUUUAAGGUGUGUUGCUACUUUUCAGAUUUAUUACCAGCCACAAUUGUGGACAUAAGUUUUGUGGGUUUGUUACUUCUGGAAUUUUACUGUGCGGUAAUGAUUGCUUUAGGCAACUGUUUUGCUAUCCAGAGCCACUGUGAGUGAAAGUGCAAUCACCUAAAGCAUGACCUUUUUCAAUGCACCUCAUUUGAUUCUGUAUUAAAAUUUGAAACAUUAAUUAUAUACAGGUGAUAACAUUCAAUGAAAAUCUACAUUCACUUAAGGUGGCUCGAUCGGAUUUUUGAGUAAUGAUACUGUUCAACUUUGAACCACUAGGGCGCCACCUCAAUCAAUCCGACAGAAAAUCAAACGUUACUGGUGUACUAGAGAAAGACGAAAGUUUCAAAUGGGGUACAUUUCACCAGGAUCUGAGUUACCAAUAGGAAAAUGAUGCCAUACCUCAUUUUACAUAAGACCGAAUAACUUGGCAACAGGGAUUAUUUUGGAAAUGUUAUGUUGGGAUCUCGGACUUGACACAGUUGUCUUAUGGCAAAUUUUAAAAGAAUCUAUAAGAGUGUUUUCGAGUGAAGUUUUAAGGUGUCAAAAUAUAACAAAAACGGAGCUGUUUUAAAAUGUUAUUCAAACUUUGUCCAGAAAACUUGACUAAAUAGUAUUCUGGUCUUAAAUGAAGUUUAUAACAUCUAAUUACCUGUAGCGAAAAUCUCAGAAAAAUCACUCCGUUUGACUUUCAGAAACAUUGGCUGGAAUAUCAAUUGGUGAGAGGUGUUAUUUUACUUUUUAUCAAAAAUUGCCCCUGCAAUUAUUAUCUUGGGCGGGAAUUAAAAAGUACUCGAUGAAUUUUCUUUAGACUUGGCCCUCAAUGAGAUUAAUCCAUACUCAAUGCAAUCGCAGAGUUUCAAAUUAUUAGAAACAUUUUAAGGCUGCUAAUUUUCAGCCUCAACUGAGGAAAAUAUUUUGCUGAUUUUCACUCAUGUUUGUUGUCUUCAUUAUAAUUUUCUUUUGUCUUGAAUCACCAUGCUAUCGUACAUUUCUGUAUAUCAUGAAUUCAUAAAACAUACAAUUGUUUUCUGGCAAUUUUCCAGAGCAUACUAAAAUAUCCCAAGUUAGCACUACAAUAACAAUAAAAUAUAUCUCUUGUUUAUGUUUAUGCUAAACAUAAACAAGACAUCCAGCAUAGUGAUAACCCUAGAUGGACGGUAACAUGUUAACCUGAGAUGAGUGAAAGUGUGACAUAUAUUUUCUAUAUAGAUAUAUAGUUAGCAUGCUUCAGGAAAAUCACCAAAAAAUAUCAAAUCCGAGAUCCCAACGUCAUAUUUCAAAAAUAAUCCCUAAUGCCAAGUUAUUCAGUCUUAUGUAAAAUGAGGUGUGGCGUCAUUUCAUUGCUAUGGUAACUCAGAUUCUGGUGAAAUGUGCCCCAUUUGAAACUUUCAUCUUUCACUAGUACACCGGUAGCAUUUGAUUUUCUGU